AUGCCUGUGCGAAAGCCAUCCAAGUACGGGAACAAGUUCCGAUCUGGCGCAGCAUCCUUCAAGCCGAAGCGGACAAAGACCAUUGAGUUUUCCUCUCUGAGAUCAACCGAAACGACAUCCCAAGAUGAGAAAUUCGAAGCGAUUCGGCUGGCCAACAGCAUCGACGAAGCCUUGGGAUUCCCUCGCUUCGAAUCGGGCGAAAAGAGGGUUGGUUGGCUGAUCAAUAUGCACAGCACUUCCAUAGAAGACCCCAACGUCCCUGGAGGCCGCGCAGGAGUCGAUUACUACUUUCUGGACGACGAUGGCGGAAGUUUCAAGGCGACUGUCGAAUACGACCCAUACUUCCUCAUUGCCGUAAAGAAAGGCUAUGAAAUGGAGGUUGAGGAAUGGUGCCGCAGGAUGUACGAGGGUCUUAUCAAGAAGAUCUCGCGGGUUGAAAGGGAGGAUCUCAAAAUGCCAAACCAUUUACUGGGGCACCGACGAACUUUUCUCCAACUCAAUUUUGCGAACGUGGGCCACCUACUGGAAGUCCGGAAGUCGCUACUUCCUCUGGCAGAGAAGAACAAGAAGAACUCACGAUCUAAUGGGAACAUGCAAGCGAGUGAUUUUAUAAUCGAUAUUCGAGAAUACGACGUGCCUUAUCAUGUUAGAGUUGCGAUUGACAAAGACAUUCGCAUAGGAAAAUGGUACACAGUGGAGGCAAAACAUGGCGUUAUUUCAUUGACGUGCCUAGAAGAACGAGUCCAGCGACCUGAUCCCGUCGUCCUUGCAUUUGAUAUUGAGACGACCAAACUCCCGCUAAAAUUCCCGGACUCCGUGAUUGAUCAAAUUAUGAUGAUUUCGUAUAUGAUCGAUGGGCAAGGAUUUUUGAUCACAAACCGAGAGAUCGUAUCCGAAGACAUCAACGAUUUCGAAUACACGCCAAAGCCCGAAUACAGCGGACCGUUUAUGAUUUUCAACGAGCCCGAUGAAAGGAGUGUUAUCGAACGGUUUUUCCAACACAUCAAGGAAGCAAAGCCGACUGUCAUUGCCACAUACAACGGUGACUUCUUCGAUUGGCCGUUUGUCGAAGCUAGGGCAAGUGUCCUGGGAAUUGACAUGUACACCGAGAUCGGCUUUCGAAAGAAUAGCGAGGAUAUCUACCAGAGCGAUCACUGCGUGCACAUGGACUGUUUUGCCUGGGUCAACCGAGACAGUUACCUUCCGCAAGGAAGUCGUGGUUUGAAGGCUGUCACAGUAGCCAAACUUGGGUACGAUCCUGACGAACUCGAUCCCGAAUUAAUGACGCCGUAUGCAAGUGAACGCCCCCAGACAUUGGCCGAGUAUUCCGUUUCCGAUGCCGUUGCCACGUACUAUCUAUACAUGAAAUACGUGCAUCCUUUCAUUUUCUCCCUCUGUACAAUUGUGCCCUUGAACCCGGACGACACCUUACGGAAGGGAACUGGUACGCUUUGUGAGAUGCUUCUCAUGGUGCAAGCCUACAAGGGUGAAAUCAUUUUGCCGAACAAGCACAAGGAUCCUCCGGAGGCCUUCUACGAAGGCCAUCUGCUGGAGUCGGAGACCUAUGUCGGUGGUCACGUCGAAAGUAUCGAGGCUGGUGUUUUUCGAAGCGACAUUCCCGUCACUUUCAAGAUUGAUCCCACCGCUAUAGACGAACUUCUCCGAGACCUGGAUGCUGCAUUGACAUUCAGUAUCACGGUUGAAGAGAAAAAGUCUAUGGACGAUGUUGUCAACUACGAUGAGGUCAAAGCACAGAUCGCAAAACUUCUGAUCGACUUGCGAGAUAAUCCGAACAGAGAUGAAAACCCUUUCAUUUACCAUUUGGACGUCGCUUCGAUGUAUCCGAACAUUAUGGUCACCAACCGUUUACAGCCAGAUUCGAUGAUUGAGGAGUCAAACUGUGCGGCCUGUGACUUCAACCGGCCCGGGAAGAACUGUGAUCGACGAAUGCCGUGGGCCUGGAGAGGUGAAUUCCUUCCUGCUAAGCGUGAUGAGUAUAACAUGAUCCGACAAGCUGUGGCGAAUGAACGAUUUCCCGGGAAAACAAAAAACAGCCCGAUGCGCUCCUUUAGCGACAUGAGCAUUGAAGAACAGGCUGGUAUUAUCAAGAAACGCCUGCAGGAUUACAGCAAGAAGAUCUAUCACAAAAUUCACGACAGCAAAACCAUAGUGCGUGAAGCCAUCAUUUGCCAGCGUGAGAACCCAUUCUAUGUCAACACAGUGAGAAGCUUCCGAGACCGACGUUAUGAUUUCAAGGGCCAGCAAAAAGUCUGGAAAGGCAAGACUGAGUCGCUCAAGGCCUCGGGCGCCUCCGCCGCGGAGAUUGAGGAGGCGAAGAAGAUGAUCAUUCUGUUCGACUCUUUGCAGCUUGCCCACAAGGUCAUUCUGAACAGUUUCUACGGUUAUGUCAUGAGAAAGGGUUCCCGAUGGUACUCCCUGGAGAUGGCUGGCGUGACUUGUCUUACAGGUGCCCGGAUCAUCCAGAUGGCUCGUGAACUCGUUGAACGGAUAGGACGGCCGCUGGAGCUCGACACUGAUGGUAUUUGGUGUAUGCUUCCUGGAACUUUCCCAGAGAACUUUUCCUUCACCUUGAAAAACGGAAAGAAACUCGGCAUUUCGUAUCCUUGUGUCAUGUUGAACCACCUUGUCCAUGGAAGUUACACCAACCACCAGUAUCAGACCCUUGUCGACCCUCAAACCUUCAGAUAUCAGACGGACAGCGAAAACUCUAUCUUCUUCGAAGUUGACGGACCGUACAAAGCGAUGAUUCUGCCCACGUCAAAGGAAGAGGACAAAAACUUGAAGAAACGUUACGCUGUCUUCAACCAUGAUGGAUCUUUGGCAGAGCUGAAAGGAUUCGAGGUCAAGCGCCGAGGUGAACUGAAACUGAUCAAAAUCUUCCAAACCCAGAUCUUCAAGUUCUUCUUGGAAGGAAAGACACUCGCAGAAACCUAUGCUGCAGUAGCUAGAGUUGCAGACCGCUGGCUGGACGUCCUCUAUGAGCAUGGAUCUACCCUGGCUGACGAGGAGCUCAUUGAGCUUAUCUCAGAGAACCGGAGUAUGACGAAGACUCUCGAGGAAUACGGAAAUCAAAAAUCCACAUCCAUUACUACAGCACGUCGCUUGGCAGAGUUUUUGGGAGAGCAGAUGGUCAAAGACAAAGGCUUGAACUGCAAGUACAUUAUAUCUGCAAGACCCAGAAACACUCCCGUCACGGAGCGAGCUAUUCCCGUCGCCAUUUUUUCGGCAGAAGAAAACGUCAAACGUUUCUUCCUGCGCAAGUGGCUCAAGGACGACCCUGGUGAUAUGGAUCCUCGAACUGUGAUUGACUGGGACUAUUACAUGGAGCGAUUGGGAUCUGUGGUGCAGAAACUUAUCACGAUCCCGGCAGCCCUUCAGAAGAUCAGAAACCCCGUUCCUAGAGUCGCUCACCCAGAUUGGUUGCAACGACGCAUCAACAUGAAGGAUGACAGAUUCAAGCAGAUCAAGAUGACCGACGUGUUCACGAAAGCUGACAAGAACCCUCUGUCCGACAUAUCAACGAACAUUCUCGACCACCGGGUUCAGCACCCAGGUGAUCUGGACGAGGCACUUGCGAACUCGACAGCACCUGAGAAGCUGAAGCCAUCACCCAAUAGCAAAGCGUCACAGAAAAGAAAACUCCCCGAGGGCCACACAAAGACAUCGCUGGAUCCUUUCGCUAGCCUUCCAUCGAAGAUGCCGUCAAUGGCCGAGGACUACGUGGGAUUUUUGAAGUAUCAGAAGCAAAAAUGGAAGAUUCAGAAGCAAGCACGUACCCGCCGUCGACAGCUCUUUGGAGAACGGGCCAACGCUUCUGGCGAUUCGCUGAGCCACCUCUUCCGAAACCAAGCGGAACUGCUGUACAUUAGCACUUGGCAGGUCUUGCAGCUCGCCGAAACCUCCAGGCCAGGUGUUGUCCGAGCCUUUGUCUUGAUUGAUCGCAAAGUUCAUACUCUUACUGUGAGAGUGCCGCGGCAAAUCUAUGUCAACCUUAAACAGGAUUCUCUUCCUGAUGUCGACAUUCCGGACUGUGAGGUCGAAAAGGUCAAUCAUACUCUGCCCAACGGACACCCAUCGGUGCACUUGUUCAAGUUGACUCUGUCCGAGGACACCUACCUGCGUGAAUUGGAGAAAAUUGAUAUCCUUUUCCAGCAUCCGAGCGUUGAGGGAGUGUACGAGAAAAGCAUCCCUCUGAACGUGCGGGCCAUUCUGAAACUUGGAAGUAUAUGCACGUUCGAUGAAGAGCAACGUGGAGUACUAGGUGAGGGUCUGGAACGUGGAUUCGAUCUCUCCACACUAUGCCGGACCACCUCGGAGCAGCCAUACCUUCUGGAUGCCCCUCUGGCUUAUCACUACUUGUAUCACGUCACCUCGGGUGACCGGCAGAUCUUUGCGCUUUUUUCGACUACCAAAAGCGAGGCUCAUAUCGUCAUUCUGAACCGCACUCGAGACGUGCAGGGGCUUCCCAAUGUCGAUAAGAUCUACUCGGAACUCCUUAUGCGCAAGAAUCAGAACACAGCUGAGGAUCAAACUCAAAAUGCAUUUGAGUACCAAGAGAAGAUUCAUUUCAGGACGACGCAAGUGACGACGAGACGAAAGGCGUACCUGGAAGUUGGAGACCUGAUCAAAAAAUUCAGAAGCGAUGAGAAUCAGCCCACGGUCAUGGUCAUCCAAUCUCAACAAAGAAGCCGGUUGUGCCACGAUAUCCCUAUCCUGAGGGAGUACCCAGUCCUGCCGGUAAAGCCGGAGGUUUCUGAUAUGGAUCUCCCCCCUCUGGGCUGGCAAUCCUUCAUCGCCCGGCGACUUAUCACGCAUUAUCUGUACCUUUCCUCUUGGAUCCAACAUUUGACCUUGCUUGCGAGAUACGGAGAUGUCCCGCUUUGCAAUCUCGAGAGCGACGACCCCCGGUACCUCAUCGAUAUCUCGUAUGCCAGACGACUUCAGCAGAACAAUGUUGUACUUUGGUGGUCUUCCGGUCCCAGACCCGAUCAUGCCGGAUAUGAAAAGGAUGACAUUACGGGUCCUUUAGAGAAAGUGGCAAUGCCUUCUGUGAACGUACCCAGUGCUUACACCACCGUCUGCCUCGAGAUCGAGGUUCGCAAUCUUGCGAUCAACACAAUCUUGACGUCUUCUAUCAUUAGCGAGAUGGAAGGAACUGACAGUCUUCUGGCUUCAUCUGGAUCAUCGGCCGAUCCAAGUGGAUCAGGUGUUCUUUACUCGGAGAAGGCAUUUGCCUCUGCGAGUGCAGUGGUGCUACGUGAAAUGGUGAAGCAUUGGUGGACGGAGGCGUGCGAAGGGAACAGCAUGGCUGACAUCAUGGUGCAACAUUUGAUCCGAUGGGUUGAAAGUUCAUCUUCUUGCCUCUACGAUCGCUCGUUGCACCAUUAUGUCCGGAUGCUGUCUAGGAAAUCGUUUCAGCGUCUGAUGGCCGAGUUCCGACGUGUUGGCUCGAACGUUGUCUUUGCCAGUUCGACACGGCUUUUGCUCCAGACGACGAAGUCUGAGGUGGGCAAUGCCUAUGCGUACAGCCAAUACGUCCUGAAAUCGCUUCGGGCCAACCCCUCCUUCCAUUUCAUCGACCUUGAAAUCAAAGAAUACUGGGAUUACCUAGUCUGGUAUGACGAGUACAAUUACGGCGGCAAAGGAUGUCGAGAGGUGGUUGGAUCUGAUGACCAAGAACUCGAGACGGUCAUGCAUUGGCAGCUCAACCGCUUUCUUCCGACCCCAAUGCAGACGAUCUUCAACGAUUGGGUGGUGGAGUAUAUUGAAUUGAUGCACAGCCUGAAACACCCGGAGACGGAUGAUUCGUCUACGCCUCGAAUGACCCAGAUCCCCAUUGGCCGUCCAAACGAUGAGGAUAGUGAAGAGAUCUCGGCUGUUUUGGCGGAGAAGUUUUCGAAGCCCCUCAAGAAGCAGAUCUCCGGCCUCAUUCGUCGCCAACGCGAAGAAAUGCUUCAUCCCGAACUUGCGUCAGACUAUGCGUUCCCCGUUCUCCCAGGCGUCCUAGCGGAUCCUAAUAGUGACAAGCGCAACCCCGUCUUGGAGCUUGUCAAGCUGUUGAUGCAAGUUCUAAGCCUGUCUAAGACGACCACCCUCGAGAGCAGGCUCCUGCGUCGUGAGUUGCUGGCCAUGUUUGAAGUGCGAGAGUUCAGCAAGGAAGGUCGGUUCGAAAACCCGGCAGCUAGCUUGAAGCUGCCCGAAGUUACGUGCGGUGCUUGUUGCUUGAUCCGCGACCUGGAUUUGUGCCGAGACGAAGACGUCCUGCCAGACGUAGGGUCGGACACAAGCAAAGCCGUCACCAAGCCAUGGCGCUGUCCUUUCUGUCAAACAGAAUAUGACCGGCUAGCGCAAGAAGAGCUCCUUAUUGGACAGGUGCAAGGUCUUGUUGUUGGAUGGCAGACACAAGAUCUCAAAUGCUCGAAAUGUGGAGGACUGAAGAUCAGCGACUUCAUGGAACACUGCUCGUGUAGUGGCACGUGGGUUGAGACGACGAACCGCGCGGACAUUGAGAAGCGACUGCGAGUGCUCGAGAGCGUGGCCAAGUUCCAUAACCUGAAGCUGUUGGAGAGUGUAGUCGAGGGGGUCCUGCAGCAAGUGUGA